GGACGGAUGUCGUGGAGGAGACGGAGGACCUGGAGGAGGAGCAAGAGGAGGAGGUGGUGAUGCUUGGGGAGGAGGAGGUGGCGAUACUGCAGCAGCGGCAGCAGCAGCAGCAGCGGCAACGGCAGGGUGCGACGGCGGCAGCGGCAGGUGGCGCAGCGGACGUGUAUGCCUUUAAUGAAGAAGAGGAGGGUGGUGGUGACGGGGACGAAGGCGGGACCGGGGAUGCCGGGGAGGAGGUGGUGGGUGAGGAAUUCGAGACGGAGGCGGAGCUGCUGCUGGGGCGACUGCAGCUGCAGCAGCAGCAGCAGCGGCGGGGAAGAGCACCCAUGGUGGGAGCAGGAGGAGCAGCAGCGGCAGGAGGAGCACCUUCCAGCGAUCCGCAGCACCAGCACCAGCAGGAGUCAUGGCAGGAAAGGCAGCCGCCGACACAGCAGCAGCACCAGCACCCGCGGCAGGCUGCUUCGGGGGUGGAGGUGGUGGCUGCUCCUGGAGGAAGCGCAGCAGCGGACGGCAACAUCGGCAGCAGCGGAGCCGGCGGCAACGCGAACAACCCCUUCGCCGUACCGCCGCGGCCGACCCGAGCAGAUGCGGCGGCGGCGGCGGCAGCAAGUGCGGGAACGGUGCCCAAGGCGCCGACGGCUGCGAAAUCGUUCUCGACGGCCGCAACUAGCAGUGACGGGCCGGCUGUUUCUGUAGCUGCUGCUACAGCUGCUGCGGAUAGGGCCAGUGUGUUCGACACCAUGCGAGCCAUCGAAUCCGCGCUAGUCCGCACCGCCCGCUCCGCCCGAGCCGCCCCCGCACCCCACCACCCCCACCAACCGGGCGGCAACAGCGGAGCAGCAGGAGCAGGAGCAGGAGCAGCAGCAGGAGCAGGAGGUGCAGCCGCAGACGCAACACGUGUAGGAGAGGUGGACCUGGUCAAAUCAUGGCAGACCCUCAACAAGCUAAAGCAGGCGGUGGCAGCGGCAGCCGCAGCAGCAGGAGGCAGCGGCGCCGCUACCCGUUCCCGCAAUAGCAGGAAAGCGCCCCGCGCUGCCGCCGCCGCCGGUGUCCCCGGCAUGACAGCGAAUGCGGAACAGCAGCAGCAGCCGCAGCCUCGGUCGGAGUGGUGGCCGGAGCAGUGGCAGAAGGGAGGUGCAGGCGCGGGCGGUGGGGGUCAGGCACGGACAGCGGGAACAGCAGCAACGGGUGCUGGUGCUGCGGCUCGGUCUGGGAAGGCUGAGAAGUGGCGGCGGGAGCUGCUUGGCCGGAUAGAGCGCAGCAUGUCACCGGAGCAUGAGGAGGGAG